AUGGACCCAGUCUUAUUGAGCCCACUCUCCUCGUAUUGUCCACGCCCAAUAUUCCAAACACACAUCAGCAAGACUCUCGCUUGGAUUUUGAAAUCGGUGAUUCUAUGGGUAAAAGAAGGAAAAUCGAGAGAGCUUUUGCUUCGUCAAUCACUCCUCGAAGAAUUUUCGAUCCCCCUUUACUUGAUCGGCAGCUGCCAGCCUCUGCUGGCUGCUGCUAUUCCAGUCAUGUCGUUAUCAAGCUCUUCGAUCCAUUCAUUGGAUUUAAACAAAACCAUCUCGAAUUCUGACCUCUCAGGCUGUAACUCUUCCUCCGAUGAUUAUUCCUCAACCAAUGAAAUUAACAGCACCAUUAGAAUUGGAAACGAAGUUGGAUUUCAAAUCGACAGAGACGACGAUCUCGUACGAAGAGGAAUCGCGGGUGAUGGAAACCAACGGUCAUCCAAUGAAUAUUAUGACCUUAAACAUCAGGGGGAUUGGGGAAUCGCACAAAGUAGAUUGGUUAAUCUCAGUCAAUCACUCAAAGUUGGUUUCCGUUUCAAACCCAAUUCAAAAGGUAUCUACACUGUGAACAGUCUACGGCGGAUGGUGGACUUGAAAAUCAACCAAUACAAAGGACCUUUGAUUUGCUGGUCAAAAAGCCUACCUUUACAAGUCAAAUGCUUUAUAUGGAGGGCUGCUAUGGAAAGAAUUCCAGUAGCUGAUGCAUUAGCUCAGAGGGGUAUAAUGGUCCAAAACACGACUUGUUCAUUGUAUGGUACCUGUGAUGAAUCCACUAACCAUUUACUGAUUGGCUGUGAAUUCUCAAAUACAAUUCGCGAUUGGAUUUUCCGGUGGUGUGGGAUUCAAUAUAGGCCAUUUGGGAAUGUAAGAGACCUCAUUGAUUUUGCUGAAACAUGGGGGAAUUAUCCCAAGAAAAGGCAUCUGUUGAGCAUGAUAGUAUACUCUACCAUUUGGAGCAUAUGGCUGACCAGGAAUGAUAUAAUUUUUAAAAAGAUUGGAGUAAACCCUACCAAGACUACAGACUCCAUUAUAGCUCAAACUUUUGAAUGGAACAAACACAGGAGGAAUGGAAUGGAAAGUUGGAUGGAAUGGAGUUGCUAUCCAUUUUCCUUUUUUUAG